CUGUGCCGCAGCAAGGCGGGUUUCUAUUGGCUAAAACAUGUGUCAGUUCUGCGUUGAAGCUGUGUCUGUCGCUUCCUGUGUGAAGCCAGCUGAGAGGUGAACGAUACAAGGCAGAUAGCUGCAGAGGAUGCUCCAAGGGUUUUUUACACAUUUGUGAACACGAUCUUCCAAAUGGAAGAGACAAAAGAAAGCUUAGCAUUUAAAGGUGUUGCUGAGAGACUGACGCUUGGCAUUACUCGAAUACUCGAGAACAUGCCUGGUGUGGUCGAUGUGCGUUUUGUAGAGAGGGAGCCUGCAGAGAAGAGGAGCUUGCUGUCAUGGGAACAGAAAAACACUUGUAUUUUGCCUGAGGACCUGCGAGAUUUCUAUCUCACAACUGAUGGCUUUACACUAACCUGGAGCGUUAAACUAGACAAUGAGUGUGUCCCCCUAGGAUGCAUGAUGAUUAACGGUGUGGCCAGCCUGUGCCCACUCCUCCAACCAGUAUCACUAUUCUCUCUGCCCAAUGCUCCCUCACUGGCUGACCUGGACUGGGAGGAGGACAACACAGAAAGUGGGACAGGGCAUGCUCCCGCCGCACCCCACUUUGAUUCCCGGAGCCGCAUCUUCGAGCUGCAUUCCUGUGGUGUGAAUGGCAAAGUGUGUCUCGUCUACAAAAACUGCACUGCAGGUGUGGUAGCCCAGCAGAGCGAAAUCUGGUUCCUUGAUCGCUCGCUGUGUUGGCAUUUACUGACGGCCACCUUCACCUCCUACUACCGACUGAUGAUCACCCACCUGGGUCUGCCUGAAUGGCAGUAUGCCUUCACCCCAUACGGCCCGAGCCCCCAGGCCAAGCAGUGGGCAUCGCUGUACCAGCCGCUGACUUUCAGCAGCGAGCUCAGCUUUGCUGAUUCUGCAGGAGAUUUCCAUCUCAACAAGCUGGAUCCUACAAAGGCCUUCAAAGGCAAAGCCAAGGUACCCAUCCUAAAGAAGAAGCAGUCGACACUGUGCAGCCUAGGGAAGCACUGCAAAGAGCCAAGGCAGUGCGGGAAGACACCACAGUGGGGGGAAACGGUGAAAAUGUUCCUAUCCAAGGAAAACAUUUCAACCAACAAUGGCCUAGACGAGCAGCCUGCAAUUCCGUCAUUGGCUGGAUUGGUGCGUUAACAGCUCUACGCUCCAUGAGAGUUUGAAAACUCUGCUCAUGUAUCUAUUUAGACAUGACAGAGGGGCACCAGCUGGUGGAGGUAAAGUGGUAUGUGAAAAGUAGUUUUCUUUGCAUCACCAAUAGAUUCAUUCUUCACAGCCUCAUUUGACACUGGGUUCACUAGUGACACCUAGUGGUAACAAUAAUCAAAAGCAGCCAAUUCAUAAAAUAUGAUUAUGUGCUUCUGACACAUGACAAAUCAUCCUGACAUGUUAGUAACAAAUUGUAUCUCUGCUGCAAACAAUAAAGACUCACUAAUACUUAAUAAGUACACUGUAUCAGUUUAUAUCUGAUCUAAAACCGUCUGAUAAAAUUACCUGUAACAUUUUUUUUAACAUCUGUUGGCUUGGUUUCUCGUUGUAAAUAUUUACAUUUUGAAUGUAUCAUACAACAAUUAUAU